AUGCCACAACCCACACCAUCAGCUCUUACUCAGGCCCCGGCUGACGCCAACAACGAAGCUACCGAGGGUUUUAGCGGCUCAAGAUCAUUUCAAGAGCUUGGCGUAGACUCGACUAUCUGCGAAGCCAUCGAAGCAGUGGGAUGGACAGCACCGAGCAAGAUUCAACAAGAAGCCAUUCCACACGGUCUUGCAGGCAAAGACAUUAUCGGAUUAGCCGAGACGGGCUCUGGCAAAACAGGAGCAUUUGUAAUUCCAAUUCUACAAAGUCUAUUGCAGAAGCCACAGCGUUUAUACGCGCUAGUAUUGGCCCCGACGCGAGAGUUAGCCUAUCAGAUUGGAGAGCAGUUUGAAGCACUUGGCGCAUCCAUUGGACUCAAAUGUGCCUGCGUCGUUGGAGGAAUCGAUAUGAUGCAGCAACAGGUAGCACUGGCUCGUAAGCCUCAUAUUGUUAUUGCUACACCUGGUCGCCUUGUGGACCAUCUAGAGAACACAAAGGGCUUUAGUCUUCGCACUAUGAAAUAUCUUGUAUUGGAUGAGGCCGAUAGGAUGCUAAGCAUGGAUUUUGAAGAGGAAAUCAAUCAAAUUGUGCAGCUCAUGCCAGCUGAACGCAACACGUAUCUUUUCAGUGCGACAAUGACGUCCAAAGUGCGAAAAUUGCAACGCGCGUCACUUAAGGAACCAGUGAAGGUCGAGAUUACUCAUAAGUUUGCCACUCCCGAGACACUAAAGCAACACUAUCUAUUCAUUCCGGCCAAAUACAAAGAUUGUUACUUAGCGUAUUUAUUGAACGAAGUCGCUGGACAAUCUGUACUGAUUUUUGCCAGCACGUGCAAUGGAACACAAAAAGUGACGCUGAUGCUGCGCAAUUUGGGCUUUCAAGCUAUUUGUCUACAUGGACAAAUGCCUCAGCCAAGUCGUCUUGGCGCACUAAACAAGUUUAAAGCCAAAGCCAGGAAUGUGCUUGUGUGCACUGACGUGGCGUCUCGUGGUCUGGAUAUACCAAGCGUCGAUGUUGUCAUUAAUUAUGACAUCCCUACACAUGGAAAAGAUUACAUUCACCGUGUCGGACGAACGGCUCGUGCUGGCCGCGCUGGUGUUGCGAUCUCAUUUGUGACGCAGUACGAUGUUGAGCUGUACCAGCGAAUUGAGCAUUUGUUGGGCACGAAGUUGAACGCGUAUCCGUGUGAAGAAGAGACGGUUCUAGUCAUGCUAGAACGUGUGAACGAAGCGCAGCGUAUUGCCACUAUUGAAAUGAAAGAAGCAGCUGCGAAUGGAACGGGUACCAAGCGUGGACGGCACUCGCGCGAUGACGAUGAGGAGGACAAUAAUGAAGAAAGUGACAAACGGUACAAAUCGGCUAGUCGUGUGCCGAAGGGAGGUCGUGGUGGCCGGGGAAACAGCCGAGGACGAAAUCGAGGACGUGGUGGUAGAGGCAAGCGACAUAAUUAA